AUGUGGAAGCUGCUUGUUGCAGGUGUUGAGAAAAGGGUUGACUUCCUUGAUGUGUUGGCCAAGAAAUGGGUUAGUAGUCUUCAGUAUCGAGAUGUGGAUCUUGUGGAUAGGGUUCUGCCUUCUUUUUAUUUCUGUCUUGCCAUUGAGUGGCGUUUAUGUCCACGUCGGUUGGUUGGUGGUGUCCCCAAGGUGACGACUGUUCAGUCUGAGGUGAUAGAUAUCUCUGAUGAAUUGAAUGUAGAGAAAACUGUUGUUCCUGAUUUAAAAUUUCAUGUGGAUGAUAUUGUUGCUGAUCGAUCUGUUACUCCUGAGUUUUCUCAUCGUGUGGAAGCGGUUGAUGUGGAUAAUGCUGGUGGUGCGCAGUUUCUUGGGUUUGGACAUGGUGGCGAUGUGGUGGCUUUUAAGGACGGGGAUCAAGGAUCGAGUUAUUUGGGUUUCUUUCCUUGUUGUUCAUUGAAGGAUGAUUCUCAUAGUGCUAAUCGGUUGGAGCUGUUCUUCGCGAUUGAUGAAGAGAAGAACCAUUUGCGGAGGGAAAUGCAUACCCUUUCGUUCACAUACAACAUGGAUCGCUUGGAAAUGGAUGUGUUGGAGGUGAAGAAAAUUGAUGAGGAGAAGGAUGUUCUGAAAGAGAAGGUUGUGGGUCUUGAGCCUAACAAGGUUUCCCUUGGUGUUGUUGACCAGCUAAAGUAG